GUUCAAACUACCUAAACCCUUUACUCCAUUGCCAAAACUGUCGUGGCCUUUCUUCCUCCAACACAACCCACAUACAUGGCAUCAUUGCCACCAUUUCUACUUCCAUCUCCACCUAAACCCUCUUUCAAAAAGGCCUAUUUCUCUUCUCGCACAUGAAUACAGAUUCUUAUACAAAUUUUAUACCUAUAGAAUAGUAAUAUAGAUGGACGUAAGAAGAUUGAAAAUUCCCAAAACUAUUGCUAUAUUUUCACAUAUCAAACGUCCUUUGACCUGUGUGAUUUAUACUGCUGCUUCAGAUCAAAUCAGCGAGACAUUACAUCAAACACCUUCUAAGCAGCCUAAACCCAGCUCAGAAAGUAAACAGCAAAAGGUAUUUGAUUUGAAUUUGCGCAAAUGGGUUACUUCAGUUCUCUCAAACCCACAUGUGGAUUCGUUAAAGAUUAAAGAUUUGCUGACCCAUCUGACUCCACAGCAGUUUGAUGCUAUUUUCUUGGAAAUUCAUUCAUCUUUAAAACCAUUGAAUGCUUUGAAAUUUUUCCAUCUAGCGUCCGGUUCUUAUGGUUUUAGUUUCAGUGUUCAAUCUUAUUGUACUCUGCUUCGUUUGCUCGUUUCCUCGAAUCAUGAUGAUGCAGCUAGGUUGCUUUUGAUAAGGUUAAUUGAUGGGAAACUACCAGCAUUGUUUGAUUGUCCCCAACAAAAGCAUGUAGAGGUAGCUGUUUCUUUAGCGGAGUUAAGUCGCCUGUCUGAUUUUGGUGUUGCUGUUAGGACAUUUGAUCUUUUGGUUCAUCUAUGUUGUACCCAACUCAAGAAUGUUGGGUUUGAUGUUGCAUUGGAUGUAUUCAGGUCAUUGGCGAGUAGGGGGUUGUAUCCUUCUUUGAAAACUUGUAACUUUUUGUUGAGUUCUCUUGUGAAAGAGAAUGAGCUUUGGAAGAGUUAUGAGGUUUUCGGAGUUUUGAAGGAUGGUGUUAAACCUGAUGUUUACUUGUUUAGCACUGCAAUUAAUGCUUUUUGUAAAGGAGGGAGGGUGGACGAGGCGAAAGAGUUGUUCCGAAAGAUGGAAAACUUGGGUGUCGUGCCAAAUGUUGUCACUUAUAAUAACCUCAUUCACGGGCUUUGCAGGAAUGGUAAUUUAGAAGAUGCCUUCCGUCUGAAGGAAGAAAUGAUAUUAAAUGGUGUAAAGCCAAGUAUUGUCACUUAUAGCAUAAUUAUUAAUUGUCUGAUGAAACUUGAGAAAUAUGAUGAAGCUGAUUGUGUGUUGAAAGAAAUGUCAAACAAGGGGCUUGUUCCAAAUGAGGUGAUGUAUAAUACCAUCAUUAAUGGCCAUUGCUCAGCAGGAAAUAUCCAGAAAGCUUUAAAGGUAAGGGAUGAAAUGUUAAGAAAAGGAAUUCUCCCCAACUCGGUUACUUGCAAUUCACUGAUCAAAGGCUUUUGUAAGGUAAAUCAAGCUAGUCAUGCUGAAGAACUCUUAGAGGAGAUGUUAUUACAUGGAUUGAGUGUAAAUCCUGGUUCAUUUAAUAAUGUUGUCCUUGUACUGUGUACAAAUUCUAGGUUUUUUUCUGCACUACGGUUUACUAAGGAAAUGAUAUUAAGGAGUUUGAAACCAAAUGAUGGGUUGCUGACCACAUUAAUUGGUGGGCUUUGCAAGGAAGGGAAGCAUUCAGAAGCAGUUGAGCUUUGGCAUAUGCUGCUGAUGAAAGGGCUCACGGCCAAUACAGUGACCUCAAAUGCUCUAAUUCAUGGGCUUUGUGAAGCUGGUAAGAUACAAGAGGCUGUUCGGAUGCUGAAAGCGAUGCUAGAUAGUGGUGUUCAAAUAGAUAGCAUGACGUAUAAUAGUCUUAUAUGUGCAUUUUGCAAAGACGGAAACUUAGAUGGUGCCUUUAUGUUGCGAGAAGAAAUGGUAAAGCAAGGAAGUGCACCUGACAUUUCAACUUACAAUGUGCUGCUACAUGGGCUUGGCGAGAAGGGUAAAAUAGAUGAAGCCCUGUUGCUAUGGGAUGAAUGUCGAAGCAAGGGACUUGUCUGUGAUAUAUAUACCUAUGGGGCCUUAAUAAAUGGUUUGUGCAAAGCUGAUAAACUUGGAAAGGGCAGAGACCUUUUCCAUGAGAUGCUCAGACAAGGCUUAGUCCCAAAUAUAAUUGUUUAUAACACCCUUAUUGGAGCUUAUUGUAGAAACGGGAAUGUGACAGAAGCCCUUAAACUUCGCGAUGACAUGAGAAGUAGGGGUAUUCUACCAAAUGUUGUCACUUAUUCCUCUCUCAUACAUGGCAUGAGCAAUAUCGGGCUUAUGGAGGACGCGAUGAACCUUACUGAUGUAAUGCGUACGGAGGGAGUUCCACCUGAUGUUGUUUGUUAUACAGCAUUGAUUGGAGGUUAUUGUAAAUUGGGUCAGAUGGAUAAAGUAAGGAGCAUUUUGCAGGAAAUGUCAUCACACAAUAUAAAUCCUAAUAAGAUAACUUAUACAGUCAUUAUUGAUGGGUAUUGCCAAGCUGGUAAAGUUAAAGUAGCUAAGGAGUUUUUUGCCGAGAUGGUACAGAAGGGAAUCACUCCUGAUUCUGUCACCUAUAACGUUUUGACGAAGGGGUUUCUGAAGGAAGGGGAAGUAGAAGAAGCCUUUUCACUUUUAGAUCGUAUUUCCCUUACAGGAGUUGGUUUAGAUGAAGUUGCAUAUACUUCUUUAGUUAAUUUGCUUCCCCGGAGAUCAGCAAGCGCGAACCAAGAAUGAAAUGAACUGACACAAGGUCCGGACACUCAUCUGGUCGGAAUAGUCCCAACCCCACGUUUCUAAUGCAAAAGAAGCUAUAAACUUGCCUGAGCACCUGCUGGACAUGUAAAAGGCACCUGUCUGAUUUUCUAAGGACAUAACGGAGUCAUGGCAACGACACACUUCUGCACAUUGGGUUAGACUGUCUGUCAUCUUUGAAACAUUUCUUUCAUGUGCUUUGAGUUAGUUGCUAAUGCUGGUGAAGAUAAAGGAUCCAGGCAGCGGGUGGAUGGUUCUAUGGAAACAAUGGAUUUCCCAACUUGUAUUCGUCAAUAUCCAAGCUGAUGUUAAGAAUAGCAGAUAAGUCCAAGAUUGCCCUGGCCCCUGAGCACUUUGCUUUUGUUGCUGUAACCAACUCCGUGCCCUUGUAUGAUGGAGCAGACUGUGCCUAGAACUGCACUCGAAAAGCCAAGACCUACUUCAGCUACGGGGAAUCUUCAUGCAGAUAUGAUUAAAACGGCAGGGCCACCUUGCCCUAGGACCAUCUCGGAGAGCAUCAAAUGUCACUACGUAUCCAUUAGUUAAAUUAAUCUGCUGCAUUUGUCGCCUAAGAGAUUGUGCCGUGUAUUCACAUCAUCUCCUAUAGAUGUCUUGCUUCGUCAACACUUGCUUCUCCCACAGCUAAUAGGCUCUCAAUGCGUGGUGCAUCAAUACAUAGCAGUCACUUGAGCAAUAUAUUUGGGAUUGGCAUGUUAGUGGAGCACGAAACAGUUUUAUUGAUGAUCUUGCAAGUAAGAGAGGCUUUUCAAUUGUAUCAUACCACAUUAACAAAAACUUACUGAAGGAACCGGCAUCACCCAAGGCAUGGGUAAAUGUUUAACGUUGUGGAUACAACUCCACAUGCGUAAGUGUGAGUUUGAUUGAAUUGCCAAGUCUUAAUGGUUAGAUUUCUUCCAGAGAGACUGCUCUUUUGUGCUACCACAACCAGGGCAUUAGCUUUGCCGUCUAUGAUUUGAGGCUGUAUUGCUUGUGGAUUUCUCAGAUUCGACCAGCAAACAGGUAGAACAGCGAGAGACCAUUUACAAGGAAACACUUCCGAGUCCUCAGUGGUUGAAUUGAUGUGGUUGUGGUUCCAUUAGUGGUACAUGUAAAAUUAUGUAACCUAGAGCUCCUAGGAAGGAGGGCGAGGCUUUGAAACAAGUGGCCCCUACCACAGAGCUUAUGAUAGGACUCACUCUGUGAUCACUAUUUUCUGUAUUUCGAUUACCAUCUCAAUGGCUACCAAAUGUUCUUCGUCUACUUAGUUUAGCAACUGACCUUUGGCUGCACCAGUGAUAUACUGGUCUAAAGUCAUCACAUUUGUAUAGUCAAGUUUGUAUUGAGAAAAAUGCUGUGAGAACGAUAUUUGUAGCCAGUAUGAAUAGAUGUAUUCUGUAAAAUGAAAAUAGACGAGCCAGAACUCAAAAGACUUCAUUAAAAUGUUUUGAGGAAGUA